AUGGUACACCUUGUGGCUGUACCAGAGACAAUCACGGCAAGUGGCUGUGCUUGUGUCUUUAUUGACACCAUCUUCCGACUUCAUGGGUUGCCCCGUGAACUCGUAUCAGACAGAGAUCCACGAUUCACUGCUGAUUUCUGGCGUUCCGUGUUCAAAUCACUCGGAACGCGCUUGAAGAUGUCAACAUCUGAUCAUCCAGAGUCGGAUGGUCAGACGGAACGUGCCAAUCGUGUCCUUGAAGAGAUACUUCGAGGAUACGUACACUCCUUUAAGAGUUGGAGUGAGUUUUUGCCAAUGGUAGAGUUUGCCAUCAACAACUCGGUGCAUGCGUCCACGACACAUACACCGUUUUACGUGAAUGGCUUGCGCCAUCCGCGUGUACCCACCUUACUAGAGUGUAACUCUGGUUUAAGGGGGGGAGGGACUCGCGCGAGCAAAAACCGAAUUGGUUCACGCUCAUCACGCUCUGACGAAGAAGUCAUUGCGUUUGAUGCCGAUAUCGAUAACAUCGAUAUCGAAGAAGAUGAUGCCAGUGAGAGUGCGGAAGCCCUCACUGAAGACAAUGAUCCCAGUGAGAGUGCGGAAGCCCUCCGUGAAGAAAAGGUUGUUGUUGCUGCAGUGCGCUCACAGCACACUGAAGCUAACGAGUCAUCAGAUGAGUUCAUACUGGCUCGUGAAACGGUAGUCCGUUUUGUGCAAGACUCCAUCGCCGAAGCGGUGGACAAGCAAAAGCAAAACGCUGACAAGAAUGGAAGGGCAAACACUCUUUUAUUUAACAAAGUAAACUACUACCCAAGUACAUUGGCCCAUUUCGUGUAUUGCACCGCCUAG